AUGUAUAACUAAGAGUAAAUAGAUGACUUGAAACCACCUGUUAUAUAAAAGAUAUUGAGUAUGUGUUCAAAUUUCAGUGAUUAGGAUUUUAAAGGGCAUCCUCCAAUACUACAAAAAUGGUAAAAGAAAUAAUAAUAUAUUAUAGGAAUUCAUAUUUUGAGCAUGAUAUAGUUCCUGAAAAAUAACAAAUAGUAUAUGGAGAAACAAAUAAUAUACAUGAUGAAAGUCCAAUAGUAGAAAAAAAUUUACAAGAGCAGAAAGAAUAAAUUUAACAAGAAGAAUUCUAACCUUGUAGUUGUUCAAAGACAUAUUGUUUAAAAAUGUAUUGUUCUUGUUUCCAUAAUGGGAGAUUUUGUGGUAAAUCAUGUAGAUGUGAAGAAUGUAACAAUACGGAGGAAUUUAAAAUGAAAAGAAAACAAGCUAUGGAUUAUGUAAAGAAAAAGGCUCAUAGAAAUAAAAAGGUUCCAAAAGAAAAAAUAUUUGAUACAGCUGAAAUCUGGGGAUGCAAUUGUUCUAAGACUAGAUGUGUGAAGAAAUAUUGUGAAUGUUUUAUAAGAGGCAAAAAAUGUACUGUAGAAUGUAAUUGUGAUCAUUGUGACAAUGGGAAAGAUGAAGACCUUUUUAAUGAGAUUAAAAAAUAGAAUGAAAAACCUAAAAUACAAAAAAGGAUAAGAAAAGAAAGACAACCCUUGUAAUGA